CAAGACCUCUUCCACCAACUCACCCAAACCCAACAAAAAUACCAAAACCAUCUUACCCAAGAAAAACAACUAAUCCAACAAGAAAUCCAACUAAUCAAGGAGGCUAUUCUGCUCUCGUAAAAGUCACCAAGGAUAAAUUCCUCGCUGUAGAUAUCCUUACCUACGAACUCAAUGGCUUAGAAGAACCCAUUAAUCUCACUAUCCAAUACCGGGACGGCAAAGAAGCCUUGGUCAGAACCAAAGCCGAACAAGAAGAACUUACCAAAAACCUUACCAAAGAAGAAAAAGCCAACCUUUCUUUCCUUGACCCCUCCGAAGUAGUCUUCUUCUUAUUUUGUGAAAACGACCCUUCCGACGAAACCCAAGCCAAGAAAAUCACGGCUAGCCAAGAAGAUUACUUAUUCUACAUUGCCGACCCUUCCACCACCAACGAAAUCAAAGACUACGAAGUAUACAGCCCCAGCCAAGGCAAAGAAGAAAGGAAACAACUCCACGAAGACUAUACCAAAGAUUUCUCCGAACUCCGUCGGGUCUUCGGCAUUCGCCACCUUACCUCCAAAAAAGAAGACCGCCAAAACAACCCUGAAAUCGAACUCAACGAAGCCCAAUUUGUAGCCUUAGAAAGAGAAAAAUGA